GCAGCUAGCCAUACCUCGUCUCUCUCAUCUCACUCCUCUGUUUCUUUCCCGUCGACCACAGAGUGACAUUGAGGUUGCAAUCCAGCUAGAAGGCCAUCCUACAGUCUGCAGCAUUGCAAUGGACGCCACAAAGACAGCAGCCAAGGCUGUGGCGGCAGGAAACGGCGACGCAGACGCCGCUCCGUCGACCCGGCGGACGGCGGCGCCGAAGCAAGUACCUCGGCAGGAGGAGCCGCUGCCAGGAGACGCCGCGGCAGCGGCCGACCCGGCGCCGGCGACGGCAACGACGAGCGCUACUGUCGCGGAGAGCGGCGUGGAGGACGAGCAGGUGGAGAGGUUCUACGCGCUGCUGGCCAACAUCCGGGCCAUGAGGGGCAUGAACGAGAGCGGGGGCGACGACGCCGGCGCGAGCACGGAGGGUGCCAGCGAGGUCUGCGGCGGCGGGAGGAAGCGCGCGCGCUGGGCAGAGCCGCCGUGGAGGCCGGCGUUCAGGAUGGAGGACUUCGAGGACGCCAGCGCGUCCAAGAAGGACAUGAAUUACGACGGUGCCGCCAGCCAUCGGCGGCCGGGCAAGGAGACCAAGGACGAAGCGGAGGACGACGUGGCACGGAAUGGCCGUGGAGUCGUCACGCCGUCGUCAGAGAGGAAAGUUUGACUCUCUGUCGCCGUGUCGCUGAUACUGGCUGCGCGAAACACGUGUGGUCACGUGUUCUCCGUGGGGCGCGUCGGUGGGUCGUGGAGGAAAGCUCCAUGCCAAAAUGCCAUGUCCAUCGACACAUUUUUUUUUAGCAUCAGUACAAACACAAGCGCUCAUAUACACGCGCAUACACUCAUUCCUAUGAACGCACAUACACACAUCCUACCCUUAUGAGCACCUUCGAAAGACUGAGCCGACAUAUCAUCUUGAGAUUUACGAAGUCACCGUA